CACUUCUAUCUGUGUGUGUGGAGCUGGCCUGGAGUUUCUCACCUCACCUGCCGGACAACUCCUUCUCCCUCCUCAGCCUGUCUCCUAUCUUCUCCUGAAACCUUGAUCUUCAUCUCUGCCAACCCAGACAAUGCCUCCCAACCUCACUGGCUACUACCGCUUUGUCUCUCAGAAGAACAUGGAGGAUUACCUGCAAGCCCUAAACAUUAACAUGGCUCUGCGGAAGAUAGCACUGCUGCUGAGGCCAGACAAGGAGAUCGACCAUCAGGGUAACCAUAUAACAGUGAAGACUCUCAGCACCUUCCGCAACUACGUUCUGGAAUUUGAGGUGGGAGUCGAGUUUGAGGAGGACUUGAGGAUUGUGGAUGGACGAAAAUGCCAGACCAUAGUGACCUGGGAAGAAGAGCAACUGGUGUGUGUACAGAAAGGGGAGGUCCCCAACCGAGGCUGGAGACACUGGCUGGAGGGAGAGAAGUUGUAUCUGGAACUGACGGCAAGGGAUGCAGUGUGUGAGCAGGUCUUCAGGAAGGUCAGCUAACCAGACAGGAGCAGAGGCCCUCCAACAACAUUGGUCCACAGACCCCUCUUGGUUUUGGCCCCUUCAAGCCUGGAUUGUGCCAGGUCUGCAGUCCCCAUACCCUCCCUCUGGGUUCCUUCCUUAUCCCUUCGUGUUAAUCUGUAACUUGCAGCCCCUGGGCCAAAGUCUUCUCUUCCUCACACUCUAUUGCCUAGGAGUGACCUCACUUCCAGGUCAAGGUCUGGCUUCCUGGUUGAAAAAAAUGGCAAAGGGCAAUGGCCCUCGAGAAUAACCAGUCUUGACUGUCCCAGGUUCACUCAGUCUCUCAUUUUCCUUCUCAGGAAAAAAUACGCUUUGGGCAUUUGGGGGUUAGAAAAAAUUCUAUCCUGGUGGACCUUUUGGAAAACCAUGACUUGGGUUCAAGAAUUUAAACAGGAACUAUUGGGCUAGUG